AUGAGAUGCACGGGUUUCAUCCAGUGGGUAGAGGAUAGAGAGGAGCAGGGGAGGGAACAAGAGGAGGAUGACAAGGAGUACUUUAAGUACCACAAAGCAUUGCCGUUGUCGGAGAUAGAGUUGGUGGACACGAGGAAGCCGGUCACUCGGGCCAUGGAUGGGUUUGCAGAUUAUUACUAUAGAGGAGAACGUGUGGUGCUAUGGAGGCCGGAGCAGCUUGACACUGCUGAGGAGGCGCUCAUGAGGGCUACUCAGAUAUGGAAGCAGGAUGAAAUGAGGGGAGAUCCGGAUUCUCCACAUGGUUGGGUUCUCAGAGCCCUUCAUGGUGAAGAUUGGUGA